ACGGUUUCGGGUUCUGGAAGAUAAAGGGACACGCCUGUAUUUAUUGGUCAAUUCCUGUGACCAACUAAACUUCUUUAGUGGAAAUUUGUCUAUCCAUCUUUCCGAAAGCGCACACUCCAAAGGAUGAAACUUGACGAAAUGAUAAAGAACAGAUCCUGCAACAAACUCACACCUUGAAAUUUUGACAUUUUGUUGUAACCGCUUAUCAACACAAUAGCAAACAUUCUCUUUAACUUUGGCAAUCAAUUCAAACAUCUCAUUUAGUACCGGAAAAUGGCGGGGCAAUCAAGAAAAUGGAUGAUAGUGGUCGCAACGACAUGGGUUCAGGCCUUCACCGGUACCAACUUCGAUUUCUCUUCCUACUCCUCCACUCUGAAAUCGGUUCUUGGGAUAUCUCAGCUGCAGCUCAACUACUUGUCUGUGGCCUCCGACAUGGGGAAGCUUUUUGGUUGGUGCUCCGGAGUUUCCCUCAUGUACCUUCCCCUGUGGCUCGUCAUGUUCAUGGCUGCCUUCAUGGGACUCUUCGGCUAUGGCAUCCAGUGGCUUGUCAUCGAACAAAUCAUUACCUUGCCUUAUUUCUUGGUAUUUCUUUUGUGCUUGUUAGCUGGCUGCAGCAUCUGUUGGUUCAACACAGUAUGCUUUGUCUUAUGCAUUCGGAAUUUCCCAACCAACAGAGCACUUGCAUUAUCCCUCACCACUAGUUACAAUGGUGUAAGUGCAGCACUCUACACCCUGGUUGCCAAUGCAAUAAACCCUGAUAACGACACGCUAUAUCUCUUCUUAAAUGCUUUACUGCCUCUCUUCGCAUCUGGCUUAGCACUCAUCCCAGUCCUCCGUCAACCGCCUUUGCAGCCUCUCUCUGCUGAUGUCACUCGCUAUGAUUCCUUCAUUUUUAUCAUCCUCAACAUAAUAGCUGUUAUCACUGGUUUAUAUCUUCUCUUCAUGAACUCACUAGCAUCUGAGGCAUCAGUAGCACGCAUCCUUCUUGUGGGUGCUACAAUUCUAUUAAUCCUACCUUUGUGUUUUCCUGGUAUUGUUUAUGCCAGGGCCUGGGCACGGCAGAUCAUCCAUAACUUCCAUUUUGACCGCUCAACCUUCAGCUUGGUUGGACCUGAUGACCUUGAGCUCCAUAAAGAUCUCCUUGGAAAUGAUCAUAACAAUGGCUCGAAUGGAAAUUCAUGUUGCCUGAUAGAAAAUGAGGGGAUCUUUGGGAAGGUGAUGGAGAAAGACAGGUUAAGAAUGCUUGGUGAGGAACAUCCAGCCAGGUUGCUGGUGCGUAGGUGGGAUUUCUGGCUAUACUUUAUGGCCUACUUCUGUGGUGGAACAAUAGGCCUAGUUUAUAGUAACAAUCUGGGACAGAUUGCACAGUCACUUGGAUACUAUUCCCAGCUUAACUCACUUGUUACACUCUACUCCGCGUGCUCAUUCUUUGGCCGUUUGCUUUCAGCUGCACCAGAUUUCCUCCGUGACAAGUUGUACUUUGCGAGGACUGGAUGGCUAGCACUUGCUCUGGUGCCCACACCAAUAGCUUUCUUGCUGCUUGCCACAUCAGGUAGUGAGGGAGCACUGCGAGCAGGCACUGGCUUGGUUGGAUUAAGCUCUGGCUUUGUAGUCUCAGCAGCUGUGUCAAUCACCUCUGAGCUAUUUGGACCAAACAGUGCCAGUGUCAACCACAAUAUCCUCAUCACCAACAUCCCUAUUGGAUCACUCCUCUUCGGCCUCCUUGCAGCCUUGAUAUAUGAUUCCAAUGCGCACAGUACAGUGCAGGAAGACUUGCUGGGAGCAACCAUGAUAUGCAUGGGUAGGCAUUGUUACCUUAUCACAUUCAUAUGCUGGGGAUGCAUUUCUUUGUUAGGCCUAGUCUCAAGUUUUGUGCUUUUCCGAAGAACUAGGCCUGCAUAUGACCGCUUCGAAAGGAAUCGAAGUCAGACAUAGAUUUCUUAGAUCAUUAAUAGAAAGCUUUUUGUUAUUAAUCGGAUAAAAUGUCUUUGAUACAAUCCAAAAUUCAAAGAAAACAGAAAAAAAGUGAAAAAAAAAAAAAGAGUAUGAAGUUAGAUUGAACUCACAGAGAUAUGCAUAUUCCCUGUGUCCAGGUACCAUUAGGUACUAGGUUUGACAUAUGUUUUUGAAAUAAGAAUAUGAAGUACAGCUUCCCAAGAAGUCUCCAGAAUUAAGAUCUAUAUGAAAAAUUACGAUCAUCUUCUCACUAUCAGUUUCUUAGUUACGAUGUUCCAAAGACUGAGUGUGGAUUUGUGGCAAUUGCUGCCCUUGAUGCGAAGCAAUGUUUGAGCAAACAGGUACUUCAUUCGGUAUGCAGUUCAGCUAAACCUUCACUGAGACUUGCUUUAAGGAUCCAACUCAAUUAAAGCUUUGACUAAAUAGGUUGAGCAAGAAAGAGCUGUUUUCUUAUUGGAAAAUUUUUUUCAUUUCUUUCUUCAAAUGGUAUCUGGUGAGGAAUGUUGAACCAAACAAACCAGAUGAUUGCAGUGCAUGGUGCUGCCGGUAUCUUUAACCCCAAUCACUGGUGCUGAGCAUUUCAGCCUUAGUCUUCCGAUGCACAUCCAUCAACUUAUAGCUGAUGAUGACAUGCAACAACCUGCAAUUCCUUCUCAACUUUUGCUCAAAAAUUACAACAUGAGAGAUGUUGAUGUAUAAAUUUCAGGUAUUUAU